AUGCAUUGUAAUCGGAAGUACCCGAUCAGACUUAGGCGUCAGACAGACGUGCUAAAGAUCCAUCCUGCCCUUAGGAUUGGACUCGAUUGGGAAGUCGGUGAACCGACUAGUACUGGUGUUGAAAUAUACACCGAUGGCUCAAAGGACGGCAGCUUAGUAGGCACCGCAUACUGCGUCUUUUCCGACGGAGUUGAAGUGUACAGCAGAACUGUCAGACUGAACGAGGAGGCGUCCGUGUUCCAGGCAGAACUGGUGGCCCUGGAGGGGGCGUCCCAGUGGAUCCUACUACACCCGGGUCCUGAGCCGGUCACGGUUUACUCAGAUAGCCAGUCGUCGUUACAGGCUUUAAGCGACGGGUACCAUCGUGACCCAUUGGUACACGAGAUCAGAGGUAGGGUACUGAGGGCGAGGCACGAGCGACACGUUGCCCUGCGGUGGGUAAGAGGCCACACCGGUGUCCUGGGCAACGAACGGGCCGAUCAGCUGGCAAAGGCGGGAGCCAGUGGCCCAUUUGUUACGAGGAUGGUAGACCCCUCGACUACAUACAUAAAAGGUACUCUACUGCAGAGAUUGAUGAUAAGCUGGUGA